AUGGCGCCCACCGCACCCAAAAAGCGCCCCUCCAUCCGGACCAAAACCAGCAAAACCUCCAAUUCAGGCUCAGGCAUGAUCGCGCGCCCUCCUCCAGCUCACCGAGAAGGUGCCAUAAUCUCCGACAGCUUCAUAAACUCCAAGAAAGACAAGCGCACGAUCAAGCACUCUGCCUUCGUAAACCGAAUCGAAAAAGCCCACAGACAACCCCUCAAGCGUCGACGACCGAACAAGAAGCUGAAGACUACUAUGGAGGGUCUCGCCGAUGCUCUGCCGGACGUCGAAGCUUUGAUACAAGGGAAGAUUAACGGAGAGGGCAAGAUCAAGAUGAAGAGUUUGAGGAGUAAACCUGGAGCUCUGAAGAGGAAGGAGAAGCUAGAGCGUGUGGAGAGGGAGAGAUUUGGGAAGAAUAUGGCGCAGAUCAUGGGUGUCAAGGAGCAAGUCCCUGAUGCGGUACCUGCUGCAGUCAUGGAGGUAGAGGGUGAUGCUGCUACGGCUCCAGUUCAGAAUGCUACGUCGAACAGAUUUGCGGCAUUGAGGGCGUGGGUGAACACCAAUAUGGAGAAGAACCCGGCGUUUGAGAAGGCAAGCAAUUGA